AUGCCCAACAUAGGUUUUACAGCCAUCACGGCCACGAACCCCAUCUGGCUCAUAAAGACGCGACUGCAGCUUGAUGCCAGGAACCGUGGCGAGCGGCAAAUGAACGCGUUCGAGUGCGUGCGGCGCGUGUACCGGGCGGACGGCUGCCGGGGCUUCUACCGGGGCAUGUCGGCCUCGUACGCCGGCAUUUCAGAGACUGUGAUCCACUUUGUGAUCUACGAGAGCAUCAAACGGAAGCUGCUGGAGGCCAAGGCUCCGCCCAUGGACGACGACGAGGACUCUUCCAAAGACGCCUCAGACUUUGUGGGAAUGAUGCUCGCCGCCGCCACGUCCAAGACCUGCGCCACCACCUUAGCUUACCCUCACGAGGUGAUCCGGACGAGGCUACGCGAGGAGGGAACCAAGUACCUCUCCUUCUUCCAGACUCUAACCACAGUCCCCAAAGAAGAGGGCUAUCGGGCUCUGUACCGCGGCCUCACCCCGCACCUGGUCCGGCAGAUCCCCAACACCGCAAUCAUGAUGUGCACCUACGAGUUUGUGGUCUACCUCCUCAACGGAUAG